UAUUCCAAUCACAAUAGCUUAUUUUUAAAUUUCUAAGGUUUCCAAUGUGAUAUGUUUUGCAAUAUACAAUGGAAGAGUAAGAUUUGAGUCCUUGGUUCAGCCCCAUUUCCGACAGUAUCAUACCUAACCUCAAACCCUUGAACUUACACACAAUUCUCAUGUAUGAUCAAAUGCUUGGUUAAACAGAAUGAAAUGCCAUAAAACCCGCAUGAGAUAAGUCAUAAAGAGGAAGGAACAAUGAAAAGCUCCUAUAAAACAGGUUGAGGAAAAGCUCCAAAGAGCUGCUGAUAGAGCACCAAUUAUUUGCUUUCUGUAGCAAUACUAACAGUCGUAUAGUAUAUAAUUAUAUCUGGCUCUGAGAGUCAAAGUUCAUUUAGUCAGGGAAUUACUGGUUAAUGCAGUUGUCAGAAUGGAAGUGGUGACUGGGGUUCUUCUCUUCUUGUUGGCUGUAGGAGUUUAUGUUGUUUGUUCUCUUUACCUGCUACACAAUCCAUACAUUCUUCAUAAGAAGAAACACCUGGGAUUCUACUGCAGACACAUUUCACACAGGGGAGGGUCUGGAGAGAAGAUAGAAAACACAAUAGAAGCAUUUACACAUGCUGUUGAUGUGGGCACUGAUAUGUUGGAGAUGGACUGUCACCUCACACUGGAUGGCUAUGUUGUGGUUUCACAUGAUGACAACCUUCUAAGACAAACAGGAUAUGACAAAACACUGUCAUCACUUAGAUACCAGGAUUUACCUCUAUACGAAGAGAAACUUGAGGUCACAUUCUAUGUUGGAUAUUACAGUUCAGGUAAAGACAAACGGUUUGCAUUGCUGGAAGAUGUCUUCAAGAAAUUUCCCAACAUGCCAAUGACAGUUGAGAUCAAACAAAACAAUGAACUGCUCAUUAAAAAGGUCUCUAAUCUCGUGAAACAUUAUGGCAGAGAGGGCAUUACCGUCUGGGCUGCAGAGGAUUCUGAAACUAUGGCUAAAUGCAAGAAGGAGAACCCAUCCAUGCCAUACAUGUUCACUCUGAUGCGUGGACUGUUGCUUAUAUUGCUCUUCUAUACUGGGCUCCUUCCCUUUGUGCCACUAGGUGAAAGUAUAUUGAUGUUUUACCUACCCAGGAUUAUCAACAGGACGUACAUUCCAGAGGAAGACUAUUUGAAGACAAGAUUUGCAGUGUCUCUACUUCAGAAAUUGACCAUGCGGAAAUCUUUGUUCGAACACUUGAUCAAGAGGGGGUUGCAGGUGCAGCUAUUUGUGUGCAAUGAGGAGAGUGACAUGGAAGCUGCAUUUGCAAUGGGAGCUACAGGAGUUAUGACCGACUACCCCACACUGCUGUCAAACUACAUUAAAAAACACCCCCCCACACACACUACUUAUUAGAUAUUU